AUGAAGUUGCCAAAGUACGGGGAACACGAGGUCAACAAGCGCUUAGGUCCAGGGCUGCGGGCUGAUGUCUGUGUCAUCGCGGCCAAGUCAAACGCCGUCAUGCCGGCCCUUCCCCAGAUAAUCGACCCCAUCUGUUACGGCAGUCCUUACAAAUACUCAAUAGCGACAUUUAGCUACUCUCCUGAGAAGGUCGUAUCAGUCUCUGGUCCACCGUUUCUAUUGCUUUUCGAUGGCAGGGACCCUAGCUUGCUGAUGACAGCUACAGGUAUGGCAAGUCUGAGUGACGCAGAUGUUGCUGUCAUUCUCACCACUUUUAAAAGGAACGUUAUGAAGCGCCAGGCAUCCCGUGAAGCGGCAGAAGACAGUCAACCGUCCAAGAAGAGAGGCUUGUCCAGUCGACCGCCAAGGGCCUCUCAAGCAUGCCAAGCUUGUGCUGCCUCCAAGGUUCGAUGCGACGACUUCGAGGAAUGCCGCAGAUGUAUAAAACGUGGCACUCCCUGCGUUCGUUUAAGUCAGGUUGGACAGGAUCACCAUGCAGCUUUGGCAGAGACACCCCAUGCCCUAAGCGACUCUACCACUGGGACAUCUAUCGGCGCGGGUGAUUCUUACGCUUUAUCGUCAACCACACAAAACGCUGCUGGAGUGCCACCGUUAAACACUGCAACCACAGAUGCUUUUGGCAGAGGAAUAGUUAGGGAUGAUCUAUUGAUGGGCGUUAUCAAUUUGGAAGUGGCAUUCGCGUUUCCAGACUCACCGAUUCCAACAAGUUAUUCACGACCUUUACAGCUUGGCAGCGACAUCCAGUUUACAGACAACAUCGCCGACACGACGCCAACUGACACCACAGACUGGUUGAGAACCUCCUUGCUUGACGCCGAAUUCGAUAUAUCAUUUCUUCCCCUCCCAUUCCUCGACUCCUCCGGAUGCUUUGGGGAUGAUUCAAUGCAACACUCGACAGCCACAAGCUCCAAGAAUUUUCCGCGCAAAGUCAAAGUCGAUUUCAAAGAGGCCAUAGUAGCCUACAGUACCACUUUGGGAAGCUGGAAUCUCAGUGAUGAGGACUACCUAGCCACAGCAAGAGCCUCUCUCUAUGUUCCCCUCGACGAACACCUCGAUUUGGGGGAAGGCUUAGCUAAACUGUUCCCCUCAACUGAAAUACUAGACAAGUUCCUCAAAGUAUUCCUUACCACCCAGGAGACCAAUCCCUCAGCCUUCAUCCACAUUGCGACAUUCGAUCCAUCAACUUGCAGUUUACCUCUUCUUAUAGCAUGUAUCGUCGCUGGCGCCGUAUCAUCGUCAAGGACACUUACCCGCAAGUUCGGGCUGGGACUUUUUGAUAUGCUACAUCUCUACCUUGCCGCAUUGAUGUUGCGACACGCUGGUCUUUUUUCUCAACACACCUAUUCUGAUCCAACUCUCAUGCUAGACAAGCCCCCUACUGAUUCGGACGACGCGUGGACAAGAUGGGCACAACAGCAGUCUUUGAAGAGGACAGUCUUUCGACAUCUUCUGCAUUGCACACAGCGAUCCGUCAUAAGAAACGUAGCAGCGCAAAUGUCUCCCCUUGACGUUUCGACACCUAUACCUGAAGACUGUCGGCUCUGGUAUGCAAAGUCGGCAACUGAGUGGAAGUCCCUGUACCAGAACCAUGAACCUCGUCCUGCGGAGCGCAGAAUGACGAUUAUCGACUGUCUUUCCGAUAUCCGAUCGAUCGAGCUACUCUCGUCCUUCCAGGCCUCCAAUCUCGCCAAAUCAUCGUUGCUAUACUCUUUUCUUUCGCUUCUCGUUGCGGAUCGUCACCGAAGAACGGUUUUGCGCAAGAAGGAGGACUCUGGUUGGUCUUUCACCAACGUAACCCGAUUACCUAUUAACUCAGAUAUGGUAUCUCUAUUCGAUGAGUUAUGA